AUGCAACUUCGCCGGAAAAAAUCUAAGUGAGAAUAGUCUUCUUCUACCACCAGAUGUGGAUUCUUUGUGAGUAGAUCUCCAUUAUUGUAUUAUAGCAAAAGGUUUCUUUUAAAGUUAUUUUGUACUGAGCUGUUGUACUUUCCACUCUUAUUGAGGUUCAUCUUUAUUGCCAUUACCAAGAAAAGAUUUUUUUUAGCUUCGCCUGAAAUUUUAAAAGAUCAAAUAUAUCUAUUCAUUAGCACAUGCAUUGAAGUACUAACCAGAGGCAUUGUGUAAAGAAGAAGGCUCUUGCAAUUAGUUAACAGCCUUAUCGAGAAUUUUCUGCAAAGCCAGUCGUAUAUCCACUGAACUACAGGUGCUCUUUGGGGAAAAAAAUUAUAAUCUCAAUAAAGAAUUGUGCGAUGACGCUGUCUUGACGUUUGAAGGUGAUUAUUUGGAGACAAUAGCGGAAUUUAGAAUUCACUGCAAAGUGCACAAUUUUAUCGAAAUUCGUUUGUUUUUCUUAGUUUUGCACGAUGGAGAUGGAGAAGUGAGGGCAUCAGAAAAUGUCUUUUUUGUUUUUCUGUGGCGAAAACAGUCCUGCUGAUUUUCAAUAACUCUCCCUGAAUGCAAAGCAACUAUUGUUAUUGCGGAUAUCUCCAGGAAAUAGUAAUAAAAUAAAAUUCAAAGAAAAGCCAGAAAAGUUAUUAUUUAUCAGCGGAAGAUGGAAGGAAGUAUUUAUCAAACCUAUUCACCCAAGUUAUGUCAGAGCGACAGUGGCAUAAAAUAGUAGACCUCACAAGAGAGGAAAUCUCAAAGCGUUUUCUGCCAUAUUAAUGUUUUGUUUGCUUUUUUACCGUCACUGGUAUUAUGUGAAGGAAAAAAUAAGAGAAUAGGAGGAUAAAAAAUGCGUCUUUAUUUACGGAAGGUGGACAGGAAGAGUUAUCUAAAGAUAUUCAUCAAUAGGUUAUAAUCUGGGUGUAAAACAGGAAAGAUUCAAUCUAAACGUUUCUUUUUUUAGACUGUUAGUUUCAAGUGACGAAAAAUAGAGCCAGAUUUCAAAUCAGCUAUUCCCUUGUGUUAUUAUAUCUCAAAAAAAUUACCUGUUCCUACUUUGAAUUAAUUUUUUCUCUGACAAACAAUUUGUGACUUUUUUUUUUCAGUAACUGUAGUAUAACGUUUUUUUCAAUACAUUCCUGUUGAUCGAUAAAAAAAUUGAAUCAUAUGAAAUGAAAAUGAACGCAGGCAAGUUGAAUUCCCUGUAGUGAAAACAAGUUUAUCCUAACGCAAGUGCUUUUUCAUCCAGAGCAAUUACGACCUAUUAAAGAGGAAAACUAGCAAUGGAUUGCCUAAGGGAACAUUGUAAAGUCCCAAACUCAUAAACAGUGAACCGUUUGCAAAAGCGUUCAAAAUUCCCCUCAAAAUUUACGUCUUGUACCAUAUAGGUUCUGGGAUAAUAUUCACUCACUCCUUUUGUUUUAGACGAAUAACUACACUUCGUCUUUUGUCUUUUACAUUUGCAGAGACUUGUCCGACAACGGUUUGUCUCAAGUGCCAGUUUUCGUCAUCCGUAAAUAUCGCAAUAUCACAAACUUGUAAGUACUAAUCAUAUGUAAUGUAAAUUUUGUUAUUAAAAAUUAAAUUAAAAAAAGGCAAAAAUGCAUCAUAAAGAACUAGUUCAAUAAAAAGCAAUAUUGAAAAAUUAACCACACACCAUAUUUAAUUUGGCUGCCACUCCAAACCACUCUCCCAGAGUUGUGAACUUUUAAAAGACCUAGAUUAAAUGUCAUACCAAGGACUUCAGCGUCAUUACUGGAAGAGAGCCAGGGAAAGGGUGAUGAACAGCGUUGAAAUAAAAAAAAAUUAAAAAAAAACCAACUGAAAAUGAAAAUAAUUUAAAAGAAAAUUAAGUCUGAUAACAAGAAACGUUAUAGUCCUAAAAUUUCGUAUUGAAACUUUUAUCAACAUGUGUUUUUUACUCUGUAAUGUAUGUGGACGCUCAUUACGAACAAACAGUUUAUCAAAAGGAACAAUACAAUUCAUCUUUCGGUAAACAGCAACACUACCAACAAAGCAACACAAGGUAAUCAUAAAUCUAUGGAAAUGACCGCGCGGAGGAAAUGUAAACUUCAGAUUAACUGGAUUUUAUUCUCAUAGAGGGUACAAAUAUUGUGAAUCAAUGUGAAGCAAAGUGGAACUCGAGUUAAGUCCCGGCUUUCAUAGGUUUUGGUCCAUGGGAAUUAAUUGUACUUUGUUCCAGUGAGUAAGUUGAAAAAAAGAGGCGCGUAAGGCGCGGGUUAACCUUAUCUAUUAAUCUUUUUAUGUUGUGUUCUUCACCAGGGUCUUAGACGGAAACAAGAUACAUAAUCUGACUCAAGAAGGUCUGUUGGCUGAUUUCCUCUUCCUGGAGUUUCUGUAAGUGUUUGUGUCCCAUUAUCAUGGGUCUGUUGUGCAAUGGGCGUUAGUUGGCUACCAAAGUGAUCAUAAAGAGAUCCGUUUGGAAAAAAAAAUUCUCACCAUUACUUGUGCUUCAAGCUCUCGAUUCCUUCUCGUUUUUCAGCUCGAUUCAACGAAACUUCAUUGGGGAGGUUGACAGCAAAUUUUUUGCCGGCCUCAACCGCCUGAAAUAUUUGUAAGUAUAAAAGGUGUUUAGAUGUCACUGGGUUGCCUGUGCUGAGAGAAAAAUCGAUAGUUCUUAAGCCAGAAAAUUUUGCACACGCACUUGUUUCCUAAAUAUAUCUAGCCUUUUCAUAAACUGGCAUGUCUGGGUGUGAACAGGAAUUAACCAGGGAGCACUUAUUUCCUAGUCAAACUAUUUAUUAUAAUUGGAACUUACUUAGUUACAAAAGAAUGGAGGGGCAAGUUUCUUAAGAACCUGUGGUGCUGUGUCGAUAGGGGGAGUAUAACCAAAUAAACUGGCUUUUUCAACUGAGUUGAUAAUGAAAAUUGGUCACCGUAAAGAGUUUCAAAGCUGACGUUUUAAGCGUUAGCCCUUUGUCAGAGCGAAUGGGUACAGAUCGCCAAAUGAUAUAAUAGAGGCAUCGAGAAAAAAACAGGUUGACGCGAAACCUUGAUAUAGAACGGCUGCCUGUGAUGCAGAAAUACUGAAAAUAUCGGUGGGAAAAAUAUCGUAGUAGAUUCGAUUUCAGUCGCGUCCCCAAGUCCAAAUUCCGUACCUCCCGAGAGGGGACGAUUUUUCUUCAGGAUUGGAACGAAGGCUCCUUUAUCAAACAGUGCUUGCUAAUCUAAUUAAAUACAUGGGUUUUUCAGUGAGGAAACAAAGUUUAUUUUUCCCAUAACUUUCUUCCCCAGAAAUCUCAGUCUGAAUAAUAUAAGGAGUUGGUCUGGUAACCAGUCAAAUAGUACCCGCGAUCUUGAAUACCUGGAUAUCACUGGAACAAUCGACUGGGUCCCAGAUGAAAAUAUUCUGGCUCUUCCUAAACUCAAAGAACUCAGGGGGGUAACUUGGUGUAAAUUCUGCCCAAACUGCACUGUCGUUAACCCAAGAAAUCUCGUCAACGAGGCGCAACGAAAGCAGAAGGCUGAGGAAUGCCUUCGAGAGUUUGAUGAAAUGGAGUUUCUUGAAUUUGGGAAGAAGGAUCCUACGAGAUUUGUAAGACACCGAUUUUCGCCCGAGUGCAUGUGCGUGAAGCAGUCGGAAUGUGAAUUCCGUCACGUUGUUAUGCCAUACUUUAAAAAACGGACUUCCCUUCCUCAGCACUUGUUUUAUGUGCAGUACAUUUUUAGCCCCUUUACAAUCCUUUUCAAUUGUGUUGUCAUCUUUGUUAUUCUCUCGUCCCGCAACUUGCGAAAGACAGCGUCCUUUAUUCUCAUAAGCCAUACAGGAAUUAUCGACCUGCUUAUUGGGAUAUACGCAAUAUGGGUGGCCCAUGUAAACAUCUCGAACAUCGACAGUAUUCUAGAAGAGGUUAUGUGGGCAGGAAAAGAGCUGCAGCCCUCCACUGGUCCCAUCUUUAUCUCGGGACAGCUGAUUUCUGUGUCCAUCUCACUGCUUCUCACACUCGAGAGGUAUCUUGCUGUCGUGUACUGUGUCAACCCUUCCAAGCGCAUGACAGCGAAAGGUGCGCACAUCUCAUUGCUAUUUGCUUGGGUUACUGCCAUCACUUUCGCUGUCUUGCCCAUAUUUGGUGUUGGGGGUCUUCAUUACAACAUAAAGCGAGCCUGCACUCCUUUGAGUUAUGAUGAACAAUUCCAGUCAGGAUCAUCACUGAUUCUUCUUUCUUCUCUAGCAUGCAUUGUUUUGCUUUACUUGGCGAACCUUCCCUUAUAUUUGAAGGUUUUUAGGUUUGUGAAAAGGAGUAGCAAUCAGGUUGGGGUGAAGCGAGAGAUAUCUCUUGCAAGAAAAAUCGCUUUGUUGGUUUUCACAAACUUUAUAUUCUUUGCUAUCCCUAUUAUUCUCAUCCUCGUGUUCUCAAUCUUUGCCAAGCUGGAGAGCAACCCUUUUGAAUUCAAUGGCGACUCUUUUAAAAGCACGAUUUUUAAAAUUUCCAUCGGUCAAUGGCUUCCAGUUACUUGUCUAAACAUUAAUUCCCUGUUAGAUCCAUUUCUCUACGCAUUUCGACAUGCGCAUUUUAAGCGGGAAGUAAGGCGUAGACUCCAUCGUUUGUCCCGCAAGGUUUUUCCAUCUCUGACUCCAGCAAUGAAUUUUAACUCUGUUGGAGAUACAGUAUCUUACGAUGCCCCCAAAACAAAGCAAAUGUCAAAGAUCGAUGAAUUGAAAGCUCCGCAAAGCGGUGCUCGAAAGAGAAAUAUCCUAGCUGCCAACGUUGAGUUUGAAUUCCAAGAGACAGAAAAACAAGUCACAAAGUCUUCUUAA